AUGCUGGCGUUUGGUGCAUCUACAGACCAGGUGGAUGAAAUUGCUAGGAUGGGGAAGCCCACUACUCUAGAGAACUUGGUCAGAUUCUGUGAUGCAAUCGAAACUCUCUACACCAGGGAUUACCUUCGCAAACCUAUGCCUAGGGACCUCCAAAAGCUUCUACAAAAAGCCGAAGCUCGAGGUUUUCCAGGCAUGAUUGGAAGUAUCGACUAUAUGUACGGGCAAUGGGAGAAUUACCAACUGCCUAGCAAGGAGAUUAUGGGAAUAAAAAAGGGUGAAAAAGUAUUAUUCUGGAAGCCAUUGCUUCAUUCGAUACAUGGGUUUGGCAUGCCUUUUCGGAGUUGCUGGAUCUUAAAACAACCUGAACGUGCUACGUCAAUCCCCGGUAUUCAACGAUGUGUUGAGCGGAGUGCUGCUCAUACGUUUGAUGAGGAGGUGCUUCAUAGCAUUAUGAUGACAUGCAUCAUCCUCCAUAACAUGAUUGUGGAGGAUGAGUAUGAUUAUAAUACUCCAGAGGUGUUCGAACCCGAUCCCAUGAACACGACAUUUACAAGAAUUUAUGAAAGGCCUAUGGGAGCAAACGGACAACCACUAGAGCAUGAACUGUUGGUUAGGGAUGGUCGUUCCAACAAUUAUAUGAUUGAUCGAUAUACGGAGAUGCAAUCGUCUUAUAUUCAUGAACGACGUCAAGUUGGCUUGAUGGAGCACUUAUGGGUGGUGAGAGGCAAUGACGGUGAAUGA